AUGCCUCCUUUGCGCUAUCCUACCUCCGAGAUUCAGUAUGGGACGCCGUUUCGCUUGACGACGAACCGCUCGAACUUCUCUACUAGCGGCAUCCUCGGGCUCGCCCUCGCCUCCGUUUCGUCCAUCUACUUCAGUAUCGCCACUGACGAUGGCAACGCCCUCGCCGCCAACCUCUUCGGUAUGGCGUCUUCCGCCAGCGUGCCAUCCGCGCCGUUCUCCUCCCGCUCUCUUAGGCAUCCUGGCUUCGAUGACGUCUCUUCCGUUCUUAGUGUCGGCGUUCACCCUUCAAAUCUCGUGCCCGACCCGAGCAAGGUCGGGUUCAGCGACCUCGUCACAAACGACAACUACGACCCCUCCGGUCAAGCGAAAUAUCUGCUGCCUUCUGGAUCUCGGCUGCGCAUGACGGAACGUGUGAGUGAGGUCGUCGCAAUUCCACCGACCACCAACCCCAUCCCCGACGUUGUACUCGGGGUACCUUUCCUGCCCAGCGUGGAUGUCAUGUCGUACGAAGCCCCCAAGGAGAGCGGUACCCUCUCGAGCGACGUUACCAGCACGCAGGCGAUCGAGGAGUUCACCCAGACCAGGUACUCUGGCGGCGCGCCGCGAACCGCUUGGCCCUCUGUGAUCAUCACUGCUCCCCGUCGUCUGCUCCCGUUUAAGUCAUGGUACUCCGACGCAGUCCAAAGGGGUCGGAUCCUCGAGGCGAUUUCGCCCCACUUCCCCUAG